AUGGCCGCCGCCUUCAUCCUCGCCUCCGCCUUCUCGGCGUUCGCCGGCGUCGGCGGGUUGGUCCUCGCGAUCCAAGUGUGCGUAGUUCGCAGGGCCAUGCGGCGAGGCUUCCUUGGUUUCGGGGCAGCCUUCUGCCAGCUACGGCCGGAGCUGCUGGCUGAGCUCCCCUGCUUCGAGCUCAAGCAGGAGUCGGGCGACGAGUGCGCGGUGUGCUUGGAGAAACUCGAAACGGGCGACUGCUGUCGGCGGCUUCCGGCGUGCGCGCAUGUCUUCCACGCUCGGUGCGUGGACUCAUGGCUGCGCCGGAGCUCCCGCUGCCCUACGUGCCGGACGUCCGCCGUCGCCGGAGAGAAGUGGUAG